UUAGAAUUCCUAACCACACUUUUGUGCAAGUGACGUCACAAAUCAUAAUAAAAUUUUCAGCAAAAUUGUGCAAAAUAUUUACGAAGAAAAGAAACUAAUCAAUAGUUGUUGGGAAUAUCAUGCUGUGAGGUGAUUGGUGAGUGAUAAGGUAACACGUAAGAGGCAAGAUGAGUGAUAGUGGGGAUGUGGGCUGUGAACCAGGGGCAUCGCGUGAAAGUAGCCUCAUAACAACAGAUAGUUUUGAGGAGGAACUACUGGCGCAGGAGAUGGAUUCCACGGCACAGGAGCACCCAGCGCCACCGGGAGCCAUUGGGCAGCUUGGCGUGGAACUCGAAGAGGGUGAAUCCUCCUCCAAUAGAGCUGGCGCCAUGACAAAGAGUGACUCAUUCUGUAGCGUUCAGAGUAAUCCGCAGCAGGAAGCAGAUGAUCAGGGGCAAGACACGGAGUGGAUGAAUCAGAAGAGGCAUGUUUUCAUCUUGAGUACAGCCGGGAAGCCAAUCUAUUCCCUGCAUGGGAGUGAGGAUAAGCUGGCGUCACUCUUUGGGGUCAUGCAGGCCCUCGUGAGUGUCGUGCAAUCCAAUCAGGAUAGUAUCAAGUCAAUCCACACAGCGGGCACCACGUUUGUCUUCCUCGUAAAGAGUCCCCUGAUCCUCGUAGCGGUGUCACGAACAAAUACAAGCGUCCACCAGAUUCAGAUGCAGCUGUCGGAUGUUUACAAUCAAAUCCUCAGCAUCCUCACGUUGUCCUACAUGAACAAAAUCUACGAGAAACGAAAGAAUUUCGAUCUCCGGCGCCUCUUGGGUGGGAGUGAGCGCCUCCUCAAUCAUCUCCUGGCCAACAGCGGGGGGCACAGUCAGGUGUCCAACAAUACCUUCAGCUUCCUCACGAAUUCCGUGCGAAUCCUCCCGCUGAGCCCCAGCAUCCGCGACAGUAUUACGAGCGCCAUUCAGAGCAAUUGCUCCAAAAUUAAAAAUCUAGUCUUUGCUGUCCUCAUUGCGCAGAAUAAGCUCAUCUGCCUCAUCCGGAUGAAGAAGUACUUCAUCCAUCCGGCUGAUCUGAGGCUCAUCUUUAACCUCAUCGAGUGCUCCGAGAGUUUCAAGGCAGCCGAAAGUUGGACACCAAUCUGUCUGCCCAAAUUCGAUCCCAACGGCUACCUCCAUGCUCAUGUUUCCUACCUCGCGGAUGACUGUGAGGCCUGUCUGCUCCUCCUCAGCGUCGAACGGGAUGUCUUCUUCACACUCUCCGAGGCAAAGAAGCGAAUCACCGACAAACUUCGUCGCUCCAACUGCUUGGAAGCCAUCAAUGAGGCCAUGAGUAGCCCCGGAAUUAAUCUCCGGACAAUUGCAAUCCCCGAGAUUCGGCACUUUAUCUACAAGUGCAAAUCCAAUGCUCAACUGCUUUGCUCCAAGAUUUCUGCCCCAUACGCCACUCCGGAGGAAUUUCAGCGUCUCGAGGGGCUCUACUGCAGCAUCCACAGUCGCGUUCACAACCCCAGUCGCCCACUGAAGCUUCUCUACGAGAUGAAGGAGCGCGAAAUUAUGCUGGCCUGGGUAACGUCCGGCUACGAACUCUACGUCACAUUUGAGCCAUUAGUGGACAGGAAUGCGGUCAUUUCACUCGUCAAUAAACUCCUCAAGUGGAUCAAGAAAGAAGAAGCAAGCCUAUUUAUCAUGAAUGCUCCUGUUUUCUAAAGAUUCAACUCCUAUAAGACGCUUUCUUCAAAUUCCCUGACAUAACCUCACAAAAUAAAAUUCUUGCUCAGUGAUUUUCAUCAUUUGUAUAAAACUAUUAGCUAAAUUGUGCUUUAAUUUCUUUUAUAGAUAAUUAAUUAUAGAGGUAGAAUGUUGAUAAUGGAAUAAAAUCAAAAUUAUGAUCUUA